AUGAUAAUCUGUUUACUGGAAGUCAUUGGGUUUUCCAAGAGGAUCCCACUCCAGCUCACAAGUUCAGGUCAACUCAGCAGUGGCUGCAAAAGAAAAUACCAGAGUUCAUCUCUGCCUCGGAUUGAUCCUCAGGAAGCCCUGAUCUCAACCCACUAUAUCAGCUUUGGUCCGAACCGGAAAGGAUGGCAUGCCACAGAGCACACCCUAACUUGGAAAGCCUCAAACAACCUCUGGUCCGAGCAGUUGAGCGCUUUCCUCAAGAAGCACUGCGUGCUGCUAUUGAUGACUGGUCACGGAUAUUAA